AUGAGGAGAUAUAACUACUCCGUCAAAGAGAUAGAACGUAUGAGAAACGACUAUGCAGACUUAAAGAAAGAAGCAGAAAAACCAGCAGAAGAUAAAAUGGACAUGUUAGAAUUUCUGAACAAAAACUAUCCAACUGCUGACGAUUUCCUUCUAUCUGACGUCAAGAAGAAAUAUAAAGAAACUUUCGGCAUUGUUAAAACAUUCGAUGUACUAAAAGAAGAAAUAGAAGCUACAAAACUGUUUAAAGUCUCACGAAUUCAUAACGUUUACCAUGUAAAACGCUUAUAA